CGCGGACUACCAUUCCCAGCUGGCUCCGCGCCGUCGCCAUAGAGAUCCUGGCUGCGGGGGCGGGGCCGUGCCCUCGAGGCAGAGAAGCGGCUUUCACUUUUGCCCGCGAUGGAGAGCUGGAGGUUACCCGUUGAGAUUAUUGCCUAUAUUUUAAGCUUCUUGCCCAUCCCCGACAGGAAAGAGGCAUCUCUGGUAAACCAGCUCUGGUAUUCGGCUGCUCAAGAGUCCCUUCGUCAGGAGAACCUCUUGUACAACAUUCCUGCUAGCUCUGCCUCACUGAGGACCAUUAAGAGUUUGGCCCAGAGACAUGUAGGCAAUGUCAAGAUGACAAACCUGGAUGGUUCUUCCACCUCUCGCGAUGUUGUCAGGUAUGUCGCCAACCACCUGGGGCCACAUGUGCUCAGUUUGUGCCUCCAUGGGAGUAGUCUGACAGAGACCAGCUUUGAGGAGCUCCUCCUGGCCUGCCCGUGCCUCACAGCCUUGGAUCUAAGUGGCUGCAACAGCCUCUUUAUGUCCGGGACCCUGCUUUCCAAAGAAGAGAAUUACCUGAAAGCCCAGGAGUCUCUAGCGAACUUGCAGGAGCUGAACUUGUCUGGUUUACGAUACUUGUCUGACAUUACCUUCAAUCGCUUAACUAACUGGUCUCUGCACCUGGAAAAGCUCUCCCUUGCUCGCUGCCACAUUACCUUUGAGUUUGACGCUUACUAUGGCUCCACCAACUACAACUCCUCAGUUCUGUUAUCUUUCCGCAACCUCCUGCAGUUCCUGCGCAGGCGAGCCAGCAGCAUGAAAACUUUGGACUUGAGUGGAACCAGCAUCUCAAGCCAAGCGAUGAGGUCCCUGGCCCAAGUAGAAAAUCUGCACCUGGAAGGGAUGGUGCUGCAAGCCUGUCGUGAUCUGACCAACGAAACUGUGAGCAUCCUGUGCCAGCACCAACCCCACUUAACCACCUUGGACUUCAGUGGUUGCUCUGAGCUGUCUGACCAAGCCGUCCUGACCAUCUGCUCCCGGCUCCCAGGCCUCCGAUGCUUGUGUUUAGGGAAGCUCCCGCGUGUAACUGAAGCUGGUUUCCAAAAGAUCUCACAAUUGAAGCAUCUCCAAAGACUGGAUGUAUCUGAAUGUAGUCUUGUGAGCUGUGGUGAACUAGCGAAAUCUCUUAGUACUGCCAAAGAACGGCCCAAACUGGUUUCCCUGAAUGCUGCCUUCUGCUAUUUACUACAGGAAAGUUCAAUCCUCUCCCUGGCUGAAACCUUGAGCAAGAGCCUUCGGGUUCUGGAUCUCUCAUCCUGUGUGUCGCUUGGCAACAGAAGUGUCCAAGCCAUUGCUUCCCACCUCUUGCUCUUGACAGUCCUGCGUUUGGCCUGGUGCAAAGAAUUGACAGAUUGGGGCCUAUUGGGGAUUGAGGAAUCCCAAGAGGAGCGUGAACAUGUUGCAAAGAAGGAUGCAGGCCCAAAAUUCAGCAGGAACUUUGGCAACCUGGGCUUCUUCCAGCCACCUCCGCAAGAUCUGGAGCAGGAGGAUCAGAUUCUCAUUGACUUUGCCAAGCACACUGUCCAAGAAAAGCGCCAAGCCUCUUUGAGUGCCUUAACCCAUUUGCAAGAGCUUGACCUAACGGCUUGUGGGAAUCUGACGGACAGGAGCAUAGCCAAGGUGAUCAGAUUCCCUGAACUCCGUCGUCUGUCCCUCAGCCUCAUGCCCAACAUCACAGACAACAGCCUUCUCGCCGUUGCACGCCACUGCCGGAGCUUGGAACAUCUGUCCCUGAAUCAUUGUGUGAACCUGACAGAUAAGGGCUUUAUAGAGGCAGCUGGCUCUCUGCCCAGGCUUCAGCAUCUCAUUCUUUCCGGCUGCAACCAGUUAACAACCUGGACUCUGAAGGCUAUUGGUCAAGAGUGUCAGCAACUAAAAAGCUUGGAUGUCUCCAUGUGCAGCCGAAUUAGCAUGGCAGAUGUUGAACAUUUCCAAUCCUACUUCCCACUACAGAGUCAGGCUAGCAUCCAGUCCCGUUUUGUGGGAGGGGCAGACCUUUCCAUUAGUCUUUGAGGCAGAGAACACAAAGACAAAGAGUUCUAGAUCAUCAGCCGGCUUCCGAUUUCCCCGGCAGCUCCUGCUGGGAAGGACAAAGUAUCAUUGCGAAAUGGCUGGUGGUCCCUUGACCAGGAGGUGGUUCUGUAAGACAACCAGAUCUGUUCUCAAAUGAUCUUCGUGUAUUAGCCUCACUAGCAAGUCUGCCAUCACCCCAGUGCUGCAAGUUCAAUGGGGAAAUUUAUCUUGACCUUGAAAGGAGUUACCUGAUGCAAGGCAAAAACCAUCAGCAAAAAGGCAAGAUGGCAGCUGCCAUUAAAAGUAGCUGCUAUUAGUGUUAAAUUUACACAACCAGUAAGAAAUGCUUAUGCUGAGCCCAACUGGCAUAUUCAGGAAGCAAGGAAGAGAUAUUUUUAUAUUCAAAAAGUAAAGCUUAGCUCCUUUCUGCAUACAAUAUAAGAGUGAAAAGGCUACUGUUGUCAGUCUUCACAUUUUCUAUACAUUUGCUCUCUCUCUGCUGUAAUUUUACACACUGCCAUGGCACUGAUAAAGUAUUCUAUUAUCUGUUUUUAAAAGGUCUGAAUUUUAAGAUCAGUGACCCUUCUGAUCAUUAGAACUGAAAAGUAAAUUUGGAGUCCAAGGCUCUUCCAUCCAAAAUGUGAUCUAGCACUGACCUUUGUGGAACACACUUCAUGACUAGGAGCGGGAGGACGGAAAGAGAAUGGCGAUUCAGUCGGAAAUGUCCGCAUAUGUUCACAGGCUAAUCCUCGUGGUGAAAAAAUAGGUUCAAGUAAGGGAAUUUUGAAAGAAUUUUUAAAAGCCCAUUUCAUGGGAUCUAUGACAAAUGGGACCCUAGGGUCAAGAGUGACAACCUCCAUACCAUCUCUAUGCAGUGGUCCCUAAUGGAAUGUCUUAAAUACUCAGUUCAUUAUUAUUCUCUAAAUUAUUUCAAAUAUGAAUACAGAUAAGGAAUUAAUCUCCAAAUUCCUAAGUUUAACAUUAUCAAUUUCAAAUCUAACAGUCCAAUGUGAUGCUUAUUUUUUUUGUGUCAGGAGCAACCGGAGUUGCUUCUGGAGUGAGAGAAUUGGCCGUCUGCAAGGACGUUGCCCAGGGGACGCUGGAUGUUUUGAUAUAUUACCAUCCUUGUGGGAGGCUUCUCUCAUGUCCCCAGAUGGAGAUGGAGCUGAUAGAGGGAGCUCAUCCGCGCUCUCCCCGGGUAGGAUUCGAACCUGGCAGCCUUCAGGUCAGCAACCCAACCUUCAAAUCACAAGGCUUUUAUCCCCUAGGCCACCGGAGGCUCCUGGAUGCUUCUGCUAAAAUCAAAGUACAGUAGAGUCUCACUUAUCCAAGCUAAACGGGGCUGGCAGAAGCUUGGAUAAGCGAAUAUCUUGGAUAAUAAGGAGGGAUUAAGGAAAAGCCUAUUAAACAUCAAAUUAGGUUAUGAUUUUACAAAUUAAGCACCAAAACAUCAUGUUAUACAACAAAUUUGACAGAAAAAGUAGUUCAAUACGCAGUAAUGCUAUGUAGUAAUUACUGUAUUUACGAAUUUAGCACCAAAAUAUCAUGAUGUAUUGAAAACAUUGACUACAAAAAUGCAUUGGAUAAUUCAGAGGCUUGGAUAAGCGAGGCUUGGAUAAGUGAGACUCUACUGUAUAUUUCCAAGAGCAACUACUGCUAUGGCAAGACAAUAGCAAGCUAAGAUUUCUCCUUCCUGAAGGACAGAUGCAGCCACCCCAAAGAUUCCACCAUUCAAAGCAACACCAAAACCAGGAUUGUUCCCUUUAGCUUUGUUUUUAAUUAUUAAGGCCUCCUUCCCAAAGGCAGUACCACAGUGAACAAGUUACAGUAGAAGCACCUGAGCGGGAAGUCCCUUUACAGAAGCAACUGAGGGAGAGAAGGUUUCCUUUCCUUUUAAGUCAGUGUACAAUGGGACAAAAGUGAUUGAUACAUGAGGUGAGAGAAAUGGUCGAUCCAGUGCAAUGGACUUUCCAAAGAGGCAAAUACUGCCAAGAGUAUAAAAAAGUGAUAUAUUUACAGAAUUCACACGAAAAACAAUAGAAACAAUCAAUUUUCCCAGGCUCCUUCUAGAAUACUGAGCAUGACUGCUCUAUGAGUUGCUGCAGUGGGGCACUGUGUACGUGUCUUGAGUGUCUCAAUCGCGGGAAUCUGCAAAAACGUCUGUGUCCUGAGAUAUUUCUAGCUCUUUUGUGGGUGACAGUAAGACUGAAGUAUGUGGGGAGUGCCUGGUAAAGUCUUGACAGGCUGGGGAACCCAACAAGGUAGUCAGUGGCAAGGCUGUAGCUUCACUGACAGUAGAGUUUCUUGCUACUUCUCUAUGCCUGACAAAAACACAAUGAAAUGUGUCAGUAAGAGCAAUUAUUUGAACAGCCACAUAAUCCAACAUCUGUAGGCAUAAAAUUUAGGAAAUGUUUCAGGGAAUGCACAUAGUCUCGGCUACUAAAUGGCAUGUAACAAGUCCUGAACGUUUUCUAGAAAAUGUUGGAUUCGUUUUCAGAGAUUUUCCCCCUAAGACACAUGCUUUUAAGAGCUUCCUAAGAGAAACAUUCUUGAAAGAGGAGCCACUAGAAACUUCCCCAUACCAUGUGAUUGUGGAAAGAAAGAUCCCUGAAAGUGAUGCUAUCAUUUUUGAAUAAAGUGUCUUGCCUCCCUA